AUGCCAGUCCACAAACCACCAAAGUUCCACAAAAAGAAACCCGUGGCCUGCCAACGAUGCCACGCGCACAAGGUCAAAUGCUCCGGUGACCAGCCCUGUGCCCGAUGCCGUCAUGUCGGUCGGGGAGAAGAAUGCCAGUACUCGCUACGUGAUCGCAAGUUAAAGAUCAACGAGAGCUAUCUUGAUCAGAUUCUUGCGGAGAACGAUCAACUACGGACGCAAUUAUACUCGCGCCAGGUUUCUAUUACCUCUGAUGCUUCGGGUUUUGGUCAGGCUCAGCGGCGCGAGUCGAGUUCUACUUCUCCGGUUCGGAAUCCGCUUCUUGGAGACCGAGCUUGGUUUUAUCCCUACGAUUCCUCUGCGCCACCAAUCUAUAUGGGUGAAGCGGCAUGUACAGCGUUUGCGACGCGCCUGCGUCAGUUCUUAACCGGGAACCCGGGAACAGCUCAUGUUGCACGAACACAAUACACACCCGAAUCGGCGCUGGUAGAAGCAGAAACGCAAUGGCCGCGUCUCCCGCAGGCUCGACUACUCGUCCGUGUGGCAUUCAAUCAACUCAGUCGGGUGUAUCAUCUAGUUCUUCGCAAGGCUACGCUUGACCAACUCGAGGAUCUGUAUAAGUUUCCGGGGAAGAGGGAUGAUCCAGCGUGGACAGCCAAGUUCUUUGCGCUGUUUGCGCUGGGAGAGGUCUAUUCGUCAAGGGCGGAUUCGGCGGCUACGGCUGGAGGGAGGGUUCCUGGGACGGGGUACUAUGUGCGGGCUAUGGGGCUGAUAUCGAUUCUGCCUGAGAGGCCGGGUAUUGUGCAUAUGGAGAGCUUACUCCUUUUGUCUCUAUUCUCAUACUUCCUCAACCGUCGUCACUCUGGCUACACCCUAAUUGGCACAGCCAUGCGUAUCGGCCUCAUUCUCGGUCUAAACCACAACAUUCCCAAAUGCCAAUGCCCCGACCCCAUCGAAAGCGAGCACCGUGUCCGCAUCUGGUGGGCCGUCUACAUCUUCGACCGCAUGUGGGGAUCGAAAACUGGCUUUCCUUUACAGAUCCGCGACGAGGAUAUUCACGUCGAUCUACCGAAAGAAGUCUCUUCUCCCACAGCCGCAGAGCAGUUCUCAGAUACUGCAUAUCUGGUCGCGAGUGUACAGCUUGCACGAAUCGUGGGAUUGAUUAUUGAAAAAAUAUAUAGUCGAAAGGAGCAUAGGGAGUCGUUUUUGCAGCGGGAGCAGCAGUUACUAUUGGCGUUGCAGGGGUGGAUGCAGGACUUACCGGCGCAUAUACGGCUACCAAGUGAUGAAGGGCUGCCGGCGAAGCAUAUUGUUUCGCUACAUUUGCAGUUUAAUCAGUGCGUGAUCCUCGCCACCCGCCCCAUCCUCCUCCACGCUCUCUACCAACACCACAAACCCACCAAAACACCCCAAAUGCCCCAAGCCGUAAUAACCCUAAGCGAAGCCUGCAUCCACGCGGCACGACACUCGCACUCCCUCGUCGUCGAUGAAUGGAUCAACGGUUCUCUCCCUAUGUACGGCUAUUUCUAUGCGCAGUAUCUCUUCUCGUCGACCUUGACACUAGUCAUCUCAAGCCUCCUGGGAUCAAGCGCUAUCGGAAAUACCGCUGACACCGAGGCCCUUGAGACGGGUAUUGAGAUUCUACACAGAAUGACAGAUCAUGGGAAUCUGGCCGCUGCGGAGUUCUAUGAGAAUCUUAUUCGGGUGAAGGAGACUCUUAACCCAUCUACGACUUUUGCAGAUGAAGACUAUCGUGAGAACAAUAUCCACGAGCAUAAUAACAACAGCAGCGUUUAUAACACACCAGAUGCAAUCGUGAAUCUACCCGACCUUCCCAAUGCCUCAACGGCAUCUGGAAUCGGGUUCACCACUGAAAUGGCGUUUCUGGAACCAACUAUGCAGGAAUUUUUGGGAAGAUCGGGGAGUGAUAUGGAUCUUGUGCAGCCGGAGGACCUUUCGCUGAGGGAGUUGGAUAGUUGGCCUACGUUGUGGACGUCGUGA